AUGUUGCGAUGUAGCCAGGGUGGAUACAAUAUUUACUUCUUCUGCGUCCCUGACCACCGCCUGUUAGAGCUUUCUGCCGUCUGCUUCCGUGUGGUGCAGAGCGGGUUGAAAUUGUUGCGCGAGUUGCCUAACUUCAGGCGGACUGCGAGUGGUCAGGGUGCGAGUGUCUCUGUGUUUGUGAUUGUUGGUUGUUUAUUUCUUAUUUGUCAUCUUGCACUUCUUGCGUGGUUUCUAAAAAUGGACAUGGAUUUCGUGAGUGAUGACUAUGGUCAACACAAUCGGUAUUUUUACACGUCUUUUGAGGAGGGCCUGAGGGAACUGUCGUCUUCGCACGACAGAUUUGUCAAACAGACGGAGGAAAAAAUUGAAGAGCUUAAUCAUAGAAGAAGUUGUUUGCUGAGGGAGCUUCAACAGCUAGAGCAUCCAUCUGUAGUUUUUGAAGGUCAAAGCAACGUCUUGUCAAUACCAGCAAUUCGUGGGUUUGUUCUUUCAAACUUUUCUCGAGAAGAGAAACAAACAGAUAAUUCAACAAUAUUUAGCGCUGAUGGCUGUAUGAAUUCUAAAAAAUUCUUUACUCUGAGAGUUGUUAUGAAGGAGGAAAAAGUAAUCCAAAUUGAUCUUGAGCUGUACGACAAUUCCCCUCUUUGGGAAAUAAAAACUGUCCUGGAUAUGCUAUUAAAAAAAAACUGCCCUUCUCUUCUUUUACUAAUAAUCCAAAGGUUUCUGCAUAUGAAUUCAUUAAGAAAAACUGUUGUUCUUAAACUAAUAACAGGGCCAAAUAAACGUUUUCGUGUGUUCUUACCUCAGAAUACAAAGAAUGGAAAGGCCUUUUGUGAAAUACAAGAACAAAAAAAUGACAGACCAGUGCUGGCAGUAAAGUGGACCAUGCUGUGGAGCCAGGAAUACAAUUCCCUAGUACAUAGUUUUACCUGUGAGAAUUUUAAUGAUCUUGGAGAACAAGACAUUGUCAAAUACUUGGUUGGCAGAACCUUCUGGUAUAAGAAUGAGGAGGAAUUAGUGCAAUUAUGGUUGAGGUACCAAGGGCAACUAUAGUUAUCCAAGUAAGGAGAACUCCUAUUUCAGACCUAACAAUCAGUCUUUUUGGUUACUUGAUUGUUGUAAGAGAUUAAAUGUCAUAAAACAUUUUUAUACAUAAUUUAUACCAACAUUUUAUUUUGACAUUUUAUAAAUAUUAUUUGACAGUUAAUAA